GAUCACAAUCCUUUGCCUGUGUUUAAAUAACGAGGCGGGUUGGAUUGUGUAGCACACUACAAACUUGGCGCUGAGGCAUUCACCCACGGAUCCCAUCAAGGUCUUUAGCAUAUUAAUUUCAGAACAGACAACGCUCAGUUUUUACUGUAGGUUUGCAGCGGCAUGUGACAUGUUACGAGACAACAAUUACAAGAUUGUUCGUUUCAUUCGGGGAUGAUGUUUGUACAGCUUUCUUAUGCAUCGAUCGCGUUUCUGGAUUGAGGUCAGCUCAACCUGUGGAAUUCACGAGAAGACGAUUAUCACGAAGUCGGUUCCUGUACUCCCCUAUGUUGUCACCAUCUCUUUUCUGUUCAGAUUUUGUUCACGACACCAAGUUAAAAGAGGAGGUUAAAUCUUGUCUACCGUUGUUUUGGGCAAGGAGGAUAUAGAAUACUAACGAUGUCUGGGUUGAGGCGCUGUAUGUUCGUUCUUCACGUUGCCAUGGUAAUCUUCAUCAGUAACACACAUGGGCAAGAUUCUCGCUUCCUCGGCUGUUUCUACGACUCCGUCACAAACCGGGUUCUUCCAAACCUGACCUCUUGCAAUGACGUCAUGGGAUUAUGCAACAACUACUGCAACAGCAACGUCCCUUACUGCCAGAGCUCUACGAACAUGUCCGUCACGACUUGUCUGGGCCUGUGCGCCCGCAAAGACUUCGUUUACGCGGGGCUCCAAGCCGGUACGCAGUGCUUCUGCGGCAGUCGUACGGCGAGGUACGACAUACACGGGGAGGUACGCAACGAGCACUUGUACUUGUGCAGGUCCAACUGCAGCGGAGACAGCACGCAGAACUGCGGAAGCGACUUUCGGAUGCGAAUCUUUGAAAUUGGUUGUUUGCCCAUUGAUGCUCCCCCAAACUCGACGUUAUCGCCGGCCAACGAAACCUUCUUUGAGACCGGUCGGACCUUGAAUAUCUCCUGCCAAGACGGUUUCUUCCCAACCGGCCCAGGCAGCUUGACGUGUCUCCCAGCUGGACAAUGGAAUCUCCCGCCGCCAUCUUGCCUACCGGACGUCUGCGAUGCACCCGAGCCGCCGAAUGGCACUCGACCUGCCGAACGGCCCUCGAACGGCACUCGGGAAAGUUCGGAGUAUCGUGGAGGGGAUACACUGGCUUUUGUGUGCAUUGACGCGAACGUCACAAUCAACAUCAGCUGUGUAGAGGGCGAGUGGCAAACUGACGGAGUGUGCCAAGAAAUUCAGCUAACCACAGAAUUUCAGCUAACCAAUGAAUCCACGAAAGUAAUGACGUCCAUGGUAACAGAGACAUCUGAAGAUACAUCACGGAGCGGCAUGACCACGCUAAUGGCUACAGACAGACCCGUCCAAACGAAAACAAUGAGUCCUGGUUUUACAGAAGCAGUCCAAACGGAAAUAGUGAGCCCUGGUUUUACCGCAGCUGUCCCAACGGCAACAGUGAAUUCUUUGGUUACUGAAGCCGUCCAAACGGAAUUAGUGACUUCUCUUUUCACAGAAGAAACAACGGAGCAGAACCGAACGAAUGCGCCGAUGGCUACGGACGCGAAAGAAGUUACAGUCGCCUCCCAAGCAGGAGUAACGAACGGAAAUGUCACCUCGACGCCUUGGGAGAACAUGACAACAUUAACGCCGCCUGUCGGAUUUCCCCGUGAACGACCUACAAGCAUGCUGUGGUUGAUCAUCAUUGUGGGAACCGCCCUGUUUCUUUUUGUCGUCGUCUUGUUCAUAGCUCUCCUGGUUGCAUGCCGAAAGAAAGCCAAACGAGAUGAGACGAUAAAUUUCCAGGAGACUUCACAAAUUCCUAGAAUUGAUGACAUGUCACAGGUGAACUAUGCUUACGAAGUUGAAGAAAUGGACUCGCCCAACCAAAAUGGCCGCCAAACAUCCGGGUCACCCAUCAGAAUCAGUACUUUGUACUCACAACAGGAGAUCAUGAUAGAAAACAAUAACGGCGGCAUACAUGAAUAUGCAAAGCCCGUUACUCCGGCGUACACCACCAGCCAAUCGGGAACUGUGCCUAAUGAAUAUUCAUCACCCGUGCAUCAUCAUGCCGGCAACGGCGAGGCGCGAACCGGGCCAUCGGUUUACUUUGCCGACUUUCCGGAACCAGACUACGAUCAUGCGAGGCGGGAAUCAUAUGUGGAAGUAGUCACCAAACUUUGAAUUAUCUUUGGUCUGGUUCCCUGAGAGCAGAGCAGUGUCCCAUUACCGUCUUUGUGCUUUAAAUUUGGACCAGACCAGUAUGUCCCACAUCAUCGCUAUGGUCUAAUUAUGUACACGCUUAUUUUGAGCACAAAGUACACUUGAAACGGGAGGCCAUGGUUUUAGCAGUUACAUACACCUGAUGAUGGAACAUGAAUUUUAAAAGAUUCUGGGAUGUGUCGAGUCCAUCACCCCUGCAAGUCCAUCACAAAUCCCUGCAAGUUCAGUCCCAAUUCAAAUCACAAGCUACUCAAAUGGAGUUGGACAAAACAUUCGUUUGUUAAUUCAUCCACUGUUUCUUGUGACUGGACGUGUGAUUUACUUAUGAUUGAACUUGUGAUGGACUUGUGAUUGACUCGACUACAUCCCUGCGAUGACUGUUAUAAUGAGAACCAUUGGAGUACACUACUCAAAAUAAUGUUACUUUUAGAUGAGGACCUACAUGUGUUUGCCUAACUGGAACACGUUCGGUCAGUUGCACAGUGCCUUAUAUUUUGCACAACUCGUGUAGAGCGAUAAUAAAUAAAAGAAUAUAUUUUAAAACAAAUGUAUUUAUAAAGCAACCUAACAAAAAUAGUAUAAUACCAUUUAAUAAUGUAAGCCUUGUAUACGAUUUGUGUAUCGAUGGAAAGCUCAUUUCGAGCUCUACGCGCCUAUGAUUAUUCAAUAAUUCACCAUGUAAUUAUAUUACUACGCAAACAUUUAUUACUUAUUAAGUAGAAUUACCUGCGUUCCUCUUGGAAUUAGCUUUUGAUAAUUGUGUUUCGAAAUUAGCAAGUGGGUGCGUAUCGAAUGCAUGGGCAAUAUGUCAGAAAAGUGACUUGAAGACAACUUGCCAGCCCUUCCUUUUUUAACCAAAAGCUUAAAUUGUAUAAGAUAAUAUAUAACAUCAAAUAGUUAGAUAUAUUUUAAAGUGAACUUACAGUGCUACUUAUGUAUGAUGCAUUGACAUUUUGACAUGAUAAUUGCACUCGCUAGAUGUACUCUGCAAAAGAAAUAUCUUUUUUAAUUUAAAAUGAAGACAACAAUAAGAUAAGUAAGAUUUGAGGCUUUGCAUGGU